ACCCCUUCGUUGCCUCUCUAUAUCCCUCCCCCCACCACCUUCCUCUCUCUCUUGACAUACUCUGUCUCUGCUGCUCUUUCUCUAUCUAUCUUCCAUUAGCCGUUUUCUUCAAAGGCUCAUCAAGAAAAUGGACUUUGAGAACCGGUACGGGCUUGCAACGUCGCAGAAAUACGACUGUCUCUUGUUCGAUUUGGACGAUACUCUUUACCCUCUCAGCAGCGGGAUCGCAAGAGAAUGUGGAAACAACAUCAAAGAUUAUAUGGUCGAGAAACUCGGUAUACCCAAGGACAAAAUCGUCGAAUUGUCUGAUCUUCUCUACAAGAACUAUGGAACAACAAUGGCCGGUCUUAGGGCGAUCGGAUAUGAAUUUGACUACGAUGAGUACCACAGCUUCGUCCACGGUCGUUUAACGUACGACAACAUAAAACCCGACCCUGUUAUUCGCAGCCUCUUGCUUAGCCUCCCUCUCCGCAAAGUCAUCUUUACGAACGCGGACAGAGUUCACGCGGCCAAGGCGUUGAAGAGGUUGGGAUUAGAGGAUUGUUUCGAAGGAAUCAUAUGUUUCGAAACGCUUAACCAGAUGCACAAAAUCGAUGCGUCUAAAAAUCCCGAGAUUUUUGAUAUCGUUGGACACUUCCACCGGUCUGAACCGGUCAGCUCACUCCCCAAAACGCCUGUUGUGUGUAAACCGUCUGAAUCUGCUAUUGAGAAAGCCAUAGAAAUCGCCAAUAUUGAUCCUAACCGAACGCUGUUUUUUGAGGACAGUGUCCGAAACGUAGAAGCUGGAAAACGCGUUGGCCUUCACACAGUUCUGGUUGGUAAAUCAGACAAAGUCAAAGGAGCAGAUUACGCUUUGGAAAACAUUCACAACCUGAAAGAGGCGAUACCGGAGUUAUGGGAAUCCGACAUGAAGUCGCCGGAUGUUGGAUAUUCCGGCAAGGUCGCCGUUGAGACAUCUGUUACAGCUUAGGAGUGUUUUCGCCGUUGUACCUAAUUUCCCACCACUGUCAUUUUCAGUUUUUUUUUUUUUUUUUUUUCAAAUGGCGUAAUGUCAUUUUUGUUUUUCUCGACUUGUGUUUAUUUAAAUAAAAAAUGAGAAAUUUAUUUCCAUCGAGUUUAUAUAAGAGAAAUCAAAAUUAAAAUAUCUACCGUGUAUGGGUUAUCUACUUAUAAUUUAAAAAUACAUUACAUAAAUAGUAUUUAAGUUUCGUGUUACAUAUAUAACCAGAAACUUUCAUUUUAUAGUUUUUUAAAAGCUGGAUCUAUCGACUCGAGAUAAUAAAGAUGAGAGAGAAAACGCUCUCGGGCUCGUCCUCCGAGAAUUCAAAUUCUCACAUCUUUCACAUCUUUUGAUCUUAGAUCUACUCUUACUUCGGUAGAUCAUGAUGAUUGAUGUUUAUUGCUUUCCUAAAUGCAAUCUCUGUGUGUAUCCUCCUCUUUUGGAUGACUCUCUUCAUACUCUAGGAGCUCCUCCUAUUACCUUUCUCGACUUGGUCACAUACCAAUCGAAGCUCUUUCUCACGUUUGUGAAGAUUUGGUUCUAUGAAAAGCUAAAUAAACAUAGAACAUGCUCGGUCAUCGUACUGAUGUCGGCGUUGCUACUGCGGUCCGCUCUUUUUCUUACGACGCCGGUCAUUUACUCACCGGUGGCCUUUUCUUUUAGCCCAUCCUUUCAUUCUGAGGUGCUUCACCUUGCCUGGGUCUCGAUUGAAGUAUUGACUACUGCCCUCGAUGUAGAUCUGGGUUUUACUUUGGUCUCCAAUGUCGAAACCUCCGGAGAACCUUCUCGUGUAUGUAACUGUAUUCUCACAGACGGUGAUGACGUGCCCUUCGGAGCUGCUGAGACUGGCCUUUUAAUUGAUCUACCUCCCAUCUCAGCAUACUAUCUUGUCACCACUGAAGUCUCACCCCCAGGUGUCGCUGCCCCUGGAGAUGGCUCCCUUGGAUCUGCUCCGGCUUUGGCCGAGGAUAUUUUUGUUGAUUUUAAUGUCAUCUACGCUAGAGCAGUUUCUCCCUUUGCUUUAAACCGGACAGAUAUACUAAUCCCAAUGACGCCUCGGAGAAGCUCCGGAGAAAUUCUAUCCAAUGCAGCCGCUACAUCCCUUACACAACGGAGAGGAUCCAUGGCUCUGCCUAACCGAGACCUUUCUCAAUUAAAGAUGAAGAAACAGGUUUCUCUCUCUCACCGACGACAAUCCAGGACUUCCCGACGAGUCUUCCAAACCUUUUUCACAAGCAUGAUGAAAUCUAGAUUUUGUUCCAAACUUCCUGUCGCCAGAAAAUUGCUCACCGGCGCAAAGAUAGCUUCAGUUGACCUAGCCGCCGACAAAACAACAUCGCACCUAUUUGUCUCUUGUGGUCGAUUCGUAUGGCAUCCAUGGGCCUUGAUCGUGUUUCCUGUUGGGGAAUUUGGUCCAUUAAUAAUCUCAAACAUAAGUCCAAUUUGUGAGUUUUUGGUGGGCUCAUACAGAAAUAUCUAUCUUGGCCCAAUUACAAAAUUCUGGGGAUUUUUGCCUACUAAAUUUACAAACCCAUUUCAUGGUGAAAUUACAAAUCAAAAUGUUCUCACAAAUUCUUUGAAGCAAAGGAUUUCCCGACAUUUUGCAAACUUCCCUCUUAGCGAGGUGUCACCAUUGCCAAAGUCAAAGAUCACUCUAAUCAAUAUCAGUACGGUGGGGUUUGUUACUCCCUCCGGAACUAACAAAUGAGGAUAUUGGCAUGGAAUUGUCAAGGGGCGAGAGCUAAAGAAACUUUUCGUCGACUGAGAGAGAUGUGCCGCAUGUACUCUCCAGGUUUUAUGUUUUUAUCUGAGACCAAGAAUAAUAAAACAUUUCUACAAACUUUGCAAGUUGAGCUAGGAUUUGAUAAUCUCCAAACUGUUGAGCCUGAUGGCACUAGUGGAGGUUUAGCUCUUUUCUAUUCAAAGGACUAUCCGGUUAAGUUCUUGUUGUUAGAUGAUCGACUGAUCGACAUCGAAACUAUCAUUAAUGGAAACCGAGUUUUUAUGACUUU